AUGGCCCACCUCGACAUAAACUCACAAAUUGGAAGUUGUAUGCCACUCGCCGCAAUGCGAAUCAACAUAAUUAUUCACAACAUUGAGGUCAACCCAGGUCAAGGGGAGAAACUGGUUCGCUCGACGAGCACUUCAGCCAAGAUUUUGAAGGACCCCACUAGAAGGUACUUUUUGGUGAGGCUGCCUUCGGGGGAUGAGAAAUUGAUUGAUACUAAGUGCCGAGCUACGAUUGGUUUAAUGUCAAACCCGAGUUAUAAGACGAAGAAGCUUAGGAAGGCUCGACAGAGCAUGUGGCUCAGAGGAAGACCAGUGGUUAGAGGAGUGGCAAUGAAUCUAGUUGAUCAUCCUUAUAAAGGAGGUGAGGGAAGAAGCAAGAGUAGUGGUAGUCAUGGAAGGACUUCGCUUACGCCAUGGGGAAAGCCUUGUAAGUCUAGUUACAAGACUGUUUCUCCUAAGAAGAGAAAGUAAAGGAGAUUAUUAUGCGUUUGAUGUUUGAAUAAUUUUGUUUAUCGUUAAUAAGAUUCAAGUCUAUUUUUGGAU